AUGCCUGAGCUUUUGCCCGCGCUAGAAGCCGCUAAAAUCUAUCACACAAACUAUGUCCGUAAUGCGCGUGCCAUCGGCGUGAUGUGGGCAGUAUUCACGAUCUGCUUCGCCAUCAUCGAGAUGGUGGUCUUUAUUCAGCCGUACUGGAUCGGGGACAGCGUGGACACGCCUCAGGCCGGGUACUUCGGACUGUUUCAUUACUGUAUCGGGAAUGCGCUCACCUCGGAGCUCACCUGCAAAGGGAGCGUGCUGGAUUUCGCCUCCAUCCCGUCCCCGGCCUUCAGGACCGCCAUGUUCUUCGUGGGCUCCUCCAUGCUGCUGGUGGUGGGAACCAUGGUGGGAUUCAGCAUGUUCUUCUUCUUGAACGCUGGAAAUGUGUACAAGAUCUGUGCGUGGAUGCAACUGGCCUCAGCGGUGUUGAUGGUGAUGGGCUGCAUGAUCUACCCGGAUGGAUGGGACUCAGAGGAGGUGAAGCGUAUGUGUGGACAGAGGACAGACAAAUACUCUCUGGGAAACUGCACAGUGCGCUGGGCCUAUAUCUUGGCUAUCAUCUGCAUCUUGGACGCUCUACUGCUGGCCUUCCUCUCCUUCACUCUGGGCAACCGGCAGGACAAGCUUCUGCCCGACGACUUCGAGAUCGAGGGGGCAGGUCAGUGUAGUCAAUUCUUCCAACAGCCUCAGAAUAGCUGUGCAUUGUAG